AUGACAACAAUGGUGGUGAUAUUAUUGGAGUGGAUCCAAGCUCUCCUCCACGAGAGAAUCGAGCAAGAAACACGAGAACCGGUCUUUCGCAUUCCAGUACUCGAGUAUGGAUCUAUUGGUCUGGUGCUUCCUCAUCCAACUUUCUGGAAGCAAAUGGUCGUGAUACUCAGUAUUCUCACUGCGAUCAAUGCUUUCACGGCUGUCACAGUCUAUUACAUGAUUGUCCUGCAACGCGGAUCCGCGUCCUCGUAUCUGGUGGGAUACGGUCUGAUUUUUCCAAUGCUCUUGUACGUUCCACUCCGUGCUGCACUCUUUCUAGGCGUACACAAUACGGCCCAAGUCUGCGAACGGAGGCCGAUGUGCACUGGUUUUGGCUCCUCUCGCAAAGUCAUUGGGAUCUCGGCGUCUCUGACGGUGGUGGUCUUUCGGUGCAUGAUGGCCAUUCACAACACAUUACCACCCUUGGUCGACCGUGAUGUGUGGAGCUUUGUCAGUUACUACGUGUCCCCACUGCAGUUUCAGUUGGAUACCACAACGGGGAAGGUGAUUCCCUCGUCGCCCGAGAAAUUUUCCCAAUACGCCAGGACCACCUUGAUGUCGUUGCUGUUUCUUGGUGUCUUUUUGGGCCUGAUGAUCCACGUCAAUUUCGAGUUGGUUCCGAGGCAGCCAGUCCAGACGGUUUGGGACUUGUUUCAAUGGCAAAAUAUAGUCAACAAUUAUGCCAUGGGAUAUUUGAUGGGGAGAUGUCUCGAUGCUGGAACUCUGGCUGUGGGUGUCUUGCUGGAGGGUGCCAGUGGGAAAAGUGUCAUCCUGGUCAGCAAUAAUCCCCUGACACAAUCCACAAGUCCGUCUGACUUUUGGGGAAGGCGGUGGAAUGAACUGGUCCACAUUGUACUCAAGACAGGGGGUGUCUACAUUCCAAUGAGAAAAAACGGAUUUUCGCGGGGAAUGGCAGGUUUGGCUACGUUUGCCGUCAGUGGCUUGUUUCACGAGUACAUUCUCGUUGCCUUGACGAUGAUUGACGGUCCCACCUACGGGAACCAUUUGAAUUUCUUCCUUUGGAAUGCGGUUGUGAUUAUCUUGGAAAAUCUACUGUCCAAUCAUCCUGUCAUUCAAUGGACGAGCAAAAACUUGCCGAGACCAAUCAUAACAGCCCUCGUGCUCUUGACUGCCUUGCCCAUCAGUCACUGGUUCACGGAUGAGUACUUGGAAAUUGGCUUCUUCCAUGACUUUAGCGUUGGUUUCCCAUUCCUCGCUUGGUAUCCAUCCAAGGCGCAGUAG